GAAACCAAUUUUCGUGUUGUUGGAUAUAUAUCCGAUAUUCACGAUAUGUGGCUUGUGAUAUUCACGAUUAUAACCAAAGGCAUGUGUGUUGUUGGCGUUUUUUGCAGAUAAGUUUACCUAAUUUCUGAUGGCAAUGAAUGCAACUGAAUUUGAUUAUGAUGAAGGGGAGUCUUCUACACCUCCAAGUCAAGAGAUGGCUAAGACUAUAGUAUUGGUUGGAAGAACAAGUCACGGGAAAAGCGCGACGGGGAAUAGUAUCGUUGGAAAAAAGGCAUUCAAGUCAAUGCUUAAAACUACUGGUGUUAUUACUAGCACUUGUGAGAUGCACAGAACUUUACUGGAAAAUGGACAUAAACUUAAUGUUAUCGAUACUCCAGGGUUGUUUGAUUUUUCCGUUGAAUCUGAAUUUAUUGGAAAGGAAAUUGCUAAAUGCAUCAAUUUGGCAAAAGAUGGCAUCCAUGCUAUUCUUCUGGUCGUGUCAAUUAGAACUCGUUUUUCAAGAAAAGAAGAAGAAGCUGGUUUGUUGAUCUUGCAUGCAUUUUUUGGCGUCAAAAUAACUGACUAUAUGAUUGUAGUUUUCACCGGUGGUGAUGAGCUUGAAGAUGACGAGACUCUCGAUGAUUACUUGAGCCGUGAAUAUUGCCUCGAACCUAUCUUGAAGGAAACUCUGAGAAUGUGUGGGAACCGACAUGUUCUCUUUAAUAACAAAACAAAAGAUGAAGCCCAGAAAUCGGAACAAGUGAAACAACUUCUUGCCUUAGUAAAUGUGGUUGUAGAUAAAAAUGGUGGAAGGCCGUAUAGAAGUAAGCCAUUUGUUGAAGUGAAGGUAAGUGCUUUCAUUGAUGACCAUUUUUUUAUGAAGUCUUGCAGCAAUUGGUUACAAUGCCUAACUUAAUCAACAAUUUUAGAUAGGAGCA